GUAGUUUACUUCAUUUGGCAAACAAAAAUACAAAAUUCUGUAUAAUUCAAAAUAUAUUUUUCAUACUCGGUCUUAAAAAGGCAGACUUCCAAUGUAUUUAAUUGGGCUGUCAUUUGUGGCUCUUCUAUGGCUUCCCUCGAUCGUUUGUGAAAACACAACCACAACCACAAUGCCAGACAAGGAGUGCCGAAAGAUGUUGGACCUAGAGAGGCUUACCUACUGCUGCGGAGUGUCCUUGGUGGACAAGUUUCUGUUUGUCGGCUCCAAUUGCACGGAUUAUUGGAAUAACUUUGGGGCUUGUCGCUACGAGUGCCUGUACAACCACUGGAAGCUCUUCGAUGAGAAUAACAAGAUUAAGAAGCCGGAGCUCUACACUAUGAUCACCAACCUAUACAAUCCGCUGAAUGGCUUCCACCGGUAUGGUACUGCCUUCAAGGAAGCCAACGAAGAUUGUGAGGAAUUGGGCAACAAGUACACCGACUUUGUGAUGCGUUAUGCCAACGAGACGCAGACAGAGUUGGGCUUGGACAUCGAGUGCCGGCCCGACGCCAUGCUCCAUACGCAGUGCAUCAUGGCGCAUGUGGCCUACAACUGUCCCACGGAAUUCUGGAGGAAAGCGAAGACAUGCGAUGAUCUUGACCAUAUAAUACCGGAAUGCCUAGGUGAAUUGUUACACUCACAUGUGUUCGUGGAUGGAGAAAAUGCAAUCCACCGCCGGAUUAACUACAAGAGCAAUGGAACAAGUAAACGCAUGCCGUUGGGAGGAUAUUUAUUUAUGCUUUCCAGUUUGCUGUCCUUGGUAUUAUCGAACUGGUUGUUUACCACUUUGGUGGUUGAUUAA